AUGGCCUCGCAAGCAGCUGCGCGCAAAAAAUCGAUAAUCUCGAGCCAAAACCUGCAAAUCGAGACGCCAGUUGCAGGCAACACUCUCCUCAACAAGUCGGCUUCCCAAGCGACAUCCCUUUACCAGCAAUGUGCAUCCCUCCGCUCCCGCCUCAUGCGUAUCCGGGGCUUCUCCUACUACUUCAACCUCGCCGCUGAAUCAACAGACGACCGCCAGUCAACAGACCCAGUCACACAGCUAUGGGAUAUCUUUUCCCUCGGCAUCUCCCUCUGCUACAUAUUCGACCAGCUCGACCAAAACUUUAACAAGAUAAACAACUCCCAAUUCAACCCGGAAAAGUACGAAGCAAACCCAGACAAGGAGCGCAAGCAUGCCAUCGCCCUCUUCGCAAUGCAGGUCCGCAACAACCAGGUCAUGCAGGCAAUCCCUGGUCUAGAGCCCUUCGCCAUCACUGACCUGUGGGAUCGCAAGUCAACAGACGGCCUCGUCAAGGUCAUUAACAGCGUCACCGCCAUCGUCGAGUACCUGCCCGAGGACGUCUUUGAACAGGCCCCCACAUCACCGCCCACACUCUCAGCCCAUGAAUCAUCCGACUCGCUGCACCACGACAGCCUCCCAGCCGGUCCCGCCCCGCCAACAAACGCCCGCGAAGCCCGCCGCAUCCAUAUUACGCGGGAAAUCUUGGAGACGGAGCGCAAGUAUGUCGAGGGGCUCGAAAUCAUGCAGAAAUACGCUACACAGCUCGCACAGCAGAACAUCAUCGAUCAGGACACAAUUCAUCUCUUGUUCCCAAAUCUGAACAACCUUCUCAACUUUCAGCGCAAGUUUCUAAUCCGCUUCGAGUCAACUCUAGAGCAGCCCUGGUCCGAGCAACGUUGGGGGCAGCAUUUCGUCGACUGUGAAGACGAAUUCGCAGUAUACGAACCCUACUGUUCCAAUUUUACCAACGCAACAGAGCUAUUGGUCGCCAAUGAACAGAAUCUCGCGGCUUUGAAUGGCUUCAUCAGUGUCAGCGAACUCAAGGCAUUCCAUAUCACUCCCAUUCAGCGUGUCUGCAAAUAUCCCCUAUUCUUUGGUGACUUGAUCAAGGUCGCUACCGGAGAUGACACCUACCCACAUCUCGAAGGCCUCAAACAGGGCGCAGAGGCUGCUCACCGCAUCACCGCAAAAAUCAACGAAGCACAUCGACGCGCAGACAACGAGCAGAUCGUCAAGUCACUCGCCAAACGUAUCACUGACUGGAAGGGCCAUCACCUAGAAAACUUUGGUGAACUCUUGCUCGAAGACGUCUUUGUCGUGACAAAAUCGGACAUUGAUCGGGAGUACCAUGUCUUCCUCUUCGAGAAGAUCAUCCUCUGCUGCAAGGAGGCUCUCCAGCAACCCCCAAACGGUCGCGGCAAGAACGCCAAGAACAAUUCUAUCCUCAAGAAACAGCCUGCUCCACUACCUCUCGCCACCGGCGGCCAGUCUAUUGCUCAAAGAGAUACUCCCUUGUUACUCAAAGGGCGGAUCUUCCUCGGUAACGUAACCCAGGCUCUCUCUGUCCCCGCUCGUGCAUCUACAGCCUCUGGCAUUCCCGCACAUUUCCCGCUCCAGGUUUGGUGGAAAGGGGAUGAUGAUCUCGAGUUCUUUACCCUGCGUUGCAAACGAGAGGACCAGAUGCGCCAAUGGGAGUCUACCAUCAAUCGCCUAAUCAAGGAAGCUGCACAACGGCGGGCAUCCGAGCGACCUCAUGGGCCCAUUUCCAGGGUGGCCCACCAUUCGCCCAUCGUCCGUGUUCCUCCUACCGACCCCCACUCACACUUUUCCAGUCAAGGCAGUGUCGUCUCGUCAUCAGCAUACUCAUCACAGGCGUCGUCGGCUGUUUCGGCCAGAAGCAGUUCACGGUCAACAGCACCCUAUCAUUACGAGUCGUCCCAUACAUCCUACAGUUCGUCGGGCCCACAGGGCUACCCGCCACACGAAGGAUUCGACCGUGAUGAUGAGGAAGAUGAUCUCGAAGACUACCCACCAGCCUCUACUUCGUAUUCUGGACGUGGAACACCGAUGGGCAAUAGAAGACCGACCGCAUUAAUGAACUCGAACAUGAGUGCUGCGAGCUAUGCCUCGGACGCGAGCUUUGGCAAUUCCCUCCCCACUGGUCCUAAAUCGUCAAGACCUGUGUUGCGGAGUCAGUUUAGCUCGACAAGGCUCAAGUCGGCGUAUGAGGGCGGUGGAGGGCAGAGUCCUGGUACGGCUGGUCCCGUCAAUGGCGUGAUGGCCAACGACUAUAGGAAUGGGAGGUCACCGACACCCAACGGCAAUGCACCUGGCCUUCCCCGUGCUCCUCCGAUGAACCGUUCUAGAAGUGCGAGCCAACCGAGCGCGUACGUACCCAGCAAACCGAUGCCCGCACCUCGUCCGUUGCCCACCAACUCGCACUGGAGCAACAGUCCUGGAGGUAUCCCAGUCAACGUCAAACCCAACGGGAAGCGGGGGAGCGGCUCGAGCCAAAGUACCGGUGACAGCUCGGACUAUUCUCCCAACAGCUCGUCACCCGUCACACCGUUUGGUUCGAGCGAGUCCUCAUUGGUGGGUGGUGUUGGACUCCCGGGAUCUCGAGGCAAGUACGACAGUGGCUACAUGAGCGGACACCAUCAUCCAGCUGCCCACCAGUCGUAUGGGUCGAAUGAGAUCAAUGGGUACCAUGCCAAUGGGCAUGGUUUGCAUUCUGUUUCGUCCCCGAUGAACGCUGGUCCACCGAUCAAGGUCAAGGUUCACUUCCACGAAGAUAUCUUUGUGAUCCAGGUCCCCAGGUCGACGGAAUACGAAGAGUUGGUGGAGAAGGUUGGAAGGAAGAUUCGGUUGUGUGGACCUAGGAGGGACGAUGGGCCGCUGAAGGUCAAGUACAAGGAUGAAGAUGGGGAUUACGUUUCCUUGGGCAGUACGGAGGAUGUGCAGAUGGCGUUCGAGGCUUGGAAACCGGGUGGACAGGUUACGCUGUUGGUCACCUAG